CCCGUGACUUCACCGCGCGCCUUUAAAGGGACCGCGCGGCAGCAGCGGCGAACUCGGCGCGUCCCGCGGGAGAGAAGUGGUGGGCGGAGCCGCGUUCCCAGACAUAUCCUCCAGAAGAGCGUUCUGCUCACACCACAAUGCGGUUGUUCUGGCUGUUGCUGCUUUGCAUCUGUUGGCCAUCGCCCCUGUUUGCUGGAGGCGUCACCCGAGUCUAUUACCUGGGGAUCCAUGAGGUGGACUGGAAUUAUGCUCCAACAGGAAUGAAUGUGAUGAGCAACCAAAGCAUCGCACGUAGCCUAAGGGCCUCAGUGUUCCUCCAGCCUGGCAAGGACAGGAUAGGAGGUACUUACAAGAAAUCUGUCUAUAAGCAAUACACAGACUCUACCUACACUGCUGAGAUUCCCAAACCGGCGUGGCUGGGGUUCCUUGGGCCCAUCAUCCGAGCAGAAGUGGGAGAUACCAUUAAAGUACACUUGAAAAACUUUGCUAGUCGGCCGUAUACAAUCCAUCCUCACGGUGUCUUCUACGAGAAGGACUCUGAAGGAUCCCUGUAUCCCGAUAUGUCCCCCCAGGAUCAGAAGAAGGAUGAUGCUGUCUUCCCAGGAGGGAGUUACACCUACACUUGGACUGUCCCUGAAGAUCACAGCCCAACAGCUGAUGAUCCGAACUGCUUGACCUGGAUCUAUCACUCUCACGUUGAUGCACCAAAAGACAUUGCAUCUGGAUUAAUUGGGCCAUUGGUAACGUGCAAGGAAGGAAUACUGACAGGCACUUCUCAAAGGCGGCAGGAUGUGGAUGUUGACUUCUUCCUUAUGUUCAGCGUGGUGGAUGAGAACCUAAGCUGGUACUUGGAUGAGAACAUUGCAUCAUUCUGCACUGAUCCAGGAUCUGUAGACAAAGAAGAUGAGGAAUUCCAAGAGAGCAACAAAAUGCAUGCUAUCAAUGGUUAUGUGUUUGGGAAUCUCCCUGCACUGACAAUGUGUGCUGGGGAUCAUGUUGCAUGGCACCUCUUUGGCAUGGGCAAUGAAAUUGACAUUCAUACAGCCUACUUCCAUGGAGAAACACUCAGCAUUCGAGACCAUAGGACAGAUGUGGCCAGCCUCUUCCCAGCCACUUUUGUUACAGCAGACAUGAUCCCUGGUAACCCUGGGAGAUGGCUACUGAGCUGUCAGCUCAAUGAUCACAUACAAGCUGGGAUGGCUGCCAUCUAUGAAGUCCGGCCGUGUUCUCGGCAAGCUCCGGAGCCCGCCCUGCAGGGCAGAACUCGGAAGUACUACAUAGCUGCAAAGGAGCUGCAGUGGGACUAUGGGCCUUCAGGACGUGACCGCAGCAGUGGGAAACAGCUGAGUGAGGUGGGCAGCCCUGCUGAGCAGUUUUUCAAGCGUAGCCUCUACCGAAUUGGAGGAGUCUAUUGGAAGGUGAAGUAUGUGGAAUACACUGAUGAGAGCUUCCGUGAGGAAAAACAGCAGUCUGAAGAAGAGAAACACCUUGGGAUACUUGGUCCUGUAAUAAAAGCCGAAGUUGGUGACACCAUCCUGGUGACAUUUGCUAACAAAGCCUCCUGGCCAUUCAGCAUCCAGCCUCACGGAGUGUCCUAUGGGAAGGCAUGGGAAGGGAUGCUGUACCAUGAUGGUGUGUCCCGAAAUGGGGUGUCUGUUCCACCUCUGCACAAUUUUACAUAUGCUUGGACUAUACCGAAGCAUGUUGGGCCAACAUCCAGCGACCCUCCCUGCCUGAGCUGGAUGUACAGCUCUGCUGUGGACCCAAUCAGAGAUACCAGCUCAGGCUUGGUAGGCCCUCUGGUCAUCUGCAAGCCGGGCACUUUGGAUGACAACAACAAACAGAAAGGUAUCGACAAAGAAUUUUACCUUCUCUUCAGUGUGUUUGAUGAGAACCUCAGCUGGUAUUUAAGUGCAAACAUAAAGUACUAUUUGAGGAUGGAAGAGACUUCUCUGAAAAAGGAUGAUGGCUUUGAGGAAUCGAACAGGAUGCAUGCCAUCAAUGGAUAUAUGUUUGGUAACUUGCCUGGGCUGGAUAUGUGUGAAGGAGACAAUGUGUCCUGGCACCUUCUGGGAUUGGGCAGUGAAGCAGAUGUACAUGGAGCUGUGUUUCAGGGAAACACUCUGCAGAUGAAUGGGAUGCGGAAAGAUUCAGCCAACCUGUUCCCCCAUACGUUUGCUACUGCCUUUAUGCAACCUGACAACAAGGGGACUUUUGAGAUCUACUGCCAGACGAGCAAUCAUUACCAGGCUGGAAUGAGGGAGCAGUACUCGGUUUCCAAUUGCAACAGGAGGGCUCUGCCUCCCGCUCUCCCGUACAGAGCGGUGCGCACGUACUACAUAGUGGCAGAGGAGGUGGAGUGGGACUACGCGCCAGACCGGAGCUGGGAGAGAGAGCGGCACAACCACUCUGCUGAGAGCUACGCCGAUAUAUUUUUGAGCAAUAAGGAUGGACUGAUUGGCUCCAGGUACAAGAAAGCAGUUUACAGGGAGUACACAGAUGGGACUUUCCAGACCCCUAAAGCUAGGGUAAAUGGUGACGAACAUCUGGGGAUACUAGGUCCUUUUCUGUGGGCAGAAGUGGGAGAGAUUCUCAAUGUUGUAUUCAAGAACAAUGCUUCACGACCCUACUCCAUUCAUGCCCAUGGGGUGCUGGAAAGGCAGGCAGGACAGCCACAAGUAGCACAUCCUGGUGACAUAGUGACCUACCAAUGGGAAAUUCCUGAGAGGUCUGGUCCAGGGCCGGAUGAUUCAGCCUGUGUCCCUUGGGUUUACUACUCCAUGGUAGACCCUGUGAAGGAUGUGUACAGCGGUCUGAUCGGACCCCUGAAGGUCUGCAGGAAAGGGACACUGCAAGCUGAUGGGAUCAGGAAGGAUGUGAAGAGGGAGUUUGCUCUCCUGUUCCUGGUUUUUGAUGAAAAUAUGUCCUGGUACUUAGAGGAGAACGUGCAACGUUACAGCAGUGGAAGUCACAAGGAUAUUGACCUGUUGGAUGAGAAGUUUGUGGAAAGCAACAAAAUGCACGCAAUCAAUGGGAGGCUCUAUGCAAACUUGCCUGGGCUGACCAUGUUUGAAGGAGAGUGGGUGAACUGGUACCUGCUGGGAAUGGGACAGGAGAUUGAUGUCCACACAGUCCAUUUUCAUGCUGAGACCUUCAUAUACAAGAGUGGCAAAAGCUACAGAGCAGAUGUUGUGGAUCUCUUUCCUGGGACCUUUGAAAUGGUAGAGAUGCUGGCUGGGAACCCUGGGACGUGGCUGCUUCACUGCCAUGUGUCUGAUCAUAUUCAUGCUGGCAUGGAGAUACUCUUCCAAGUCUUGCCCAGACAAGAGCCAGUGCCUGUGGUUUUGAACUACGAUGAAGGGGCACAGCCUGAGGAUGAAGAUGACUCCCAGAAGGUCAGGCUUUUUGGAGCUAAGUUGCCUCUAGGGCAAGUAGAAGCUGCAGUCAUUAUUCUAGCCAUUACAGGAUUGGUCCUCCUCCUGGUUGCUGCCUUCCUCCUGGGAGUCGUCAUCCACCUCCAGAGGCAAAGGAAGCUGAGACGGAACCGGAGGUCUAUUCUGGAUGAUGGAUUCAAACUCAUGUCUAAAAAGAACUCGGGGCUAUAACAGCCACAUACGAACUCUGGCUGUGUCCACAUUGUGAGCAUUGUCUGCAGCAAAGACUUCAGAGUAUCACUUCCAUUGCACACUGGGCUUCUAGGAGCCAAGGUGGGGAACCCUUUCCACUGAGUGAAGGCCAACAAUGGGAGUAAAAGGUCCUUCUAAAAUACUUCUCAUCCACAAGAAAGGAAAGAAUUCCCCAAUUUUCUUCUCUCCAGAACAGAUUUGGUCUUCACUAGAAGCUCUUGGGCCAAAUCCAGUCUUACUCCAUUGCCAGAGCUGAGUUGGGCAUUGCCUCAGUCUCACAACCAAACUGUGAGCCUUAUUCCUCCUCCCCCCGAUUAACUUAAUCUGUGGAUCUGUGGUUUUAGUGUGGAUUUUUUUCUGAUGAAUCAAGUAAGAAUGCAGUAGACAAAAUGUUAA